AUGUUAAUCAAUCAGUUAAUAGUUGUUCUUUCCUUAUUUGUGGUAUCAAAGGCUGAUGAAGACAUCAUUCAGAAGUACAAUAGAAGUUCUCAUGAACUAAUCAACUAUUUUGUCAAAGGAAAAGGCACGGGAUUGGCCUAUGAAUGGUUGAGCACUUUGGUGGAUAAAUUCGGCAGUCGACAUCUUGGCAGUGAAAGCUUGGAUAGGGCAAUCGACUAUGUGGUAAAGGGCCUGAAAAAGGAUGGCUUCGAUAAUGUGCACACUGAAGAGGUGCCUGAUUUACCGAAGUGGGUGCGGGGCGAUGACCUCGUACAAAUGAUCAAACCUCGACUGCAAAAGUUCAACGCACUAGCGAUUGAUGGUUGCCCACCAGCGAACAUAACUGCAGAAGCUGUUGUAGUGAAACAUUACGAUGAGUUGAAGCAUAUCAAUGUGACUGGUAAAAUAGUGGUGUUCGAUCAAAAAUGGAAAGGUUACGGUAAAACGGUUAAGUACCGACGGUCGGCAAAAAUUGUCGAAGAACACGGUGGCGUCGGAGUGCUCGUCAAAUCAAUAACUCCCUUCUCUCCAGCAUUGCCUCAUACAGGCAGUGGCGCUCGAGGAUCAAAAAUACCAGCACUAACGAUCACACUAGAAGAAGCAGAUAUGUUGUAUAGAAUGCAAAAACGAGGUGAAAAAAUCAUCAUUAACCUGGAUAUUAAAUCACAUCCAGACGGAAAUGUUUCUUCGAGAAAUAUUCUCUUCGAAAUCAAAGGUAGCGAGAUGCCGUCUGAAGUGGUACUUCUGUCGGGACAUAUGGACACUUGGGAUGUAGGACAAGGAGCAUUGGACGAUGGCGGUGGUUGUGCGGUCAUGUGGAGUGUUUUGUAUGCGCUGAAACAACUUUCGAAAAGAAAUUCUAUAUUCGCUCCCAAACGAACCAUUCGUGUCGCAUUUUGGACAGCCGAAGAGCAAGGUCUGCUGGGUGCUCGCUACUACUAUGAAACGCAUAAAAACGAUACUAAUGAACAUUUUGUUCCUACCCAACGACCGACAGCUGUUGAAUCAUCACUCGAGGGUGACAUUCAACCAUGGACUGAUGAGGGCAUUCCUUCGGUAAACUACUUACCGGAUCAAGGCCGUAGCUACUACUUCCAAUACCAUCAUACCGAUGCGGAUUACAUGAGUAUCUUCAAAGAGGGUGAUCUGGAGUAUACGGGAGCCAUAUUCGGCGUCAUCGCGCACGUGAUGGCAAAUCUCGCUCAUCUCGCAGAAUAG